AAUUGCGGAAUUGAGGUGGAAAAUUGCUAGAUCAAUGAACGAAGAUUUUGAGUUUUUGAGUGGAGAUACGCCGAAACGACUGUCGUAUACUGACUGGGGCGCGCAAAUUGCAAUCGAGGGGUGUUACUGUGUCAUUGUAUAAAAACCCCUGUUUCCUCUCAAAUCAGCUCCUAACUCAAAUUCUUGUUCGUGUUCUUCUCUCUGAGGCUCUGACCAAAACAAAAAUAAAAUCUUGGGAAUUCGUCGGAAGAAAAAAAAAUGGACGCCAUUGAUUCAGUGUUUGAUCCGCUAAGAGAAUUCUCCAAGGACAGCGUUCGCCUCGUCAAGCGCUGUCAUAAACCCGACCGCAAAGAGUUCACAAAGGUGGCGGUCCGUACGGCUAUCGGGUUCGUGGUCAUGGGGUUCGUUGGCUUCUUCGUGAAGCUCAUCUUCAUCCCGAUCAACAACAUCAUCGUCGGAUCUG